GGCCAAGCCAAACGCUGGUGUGUGUUGUGGCAUUUGUGUUAAUGUUUGUUAGAAUGGAGUUUCUGCAAGGUGUGUUAGUGGUGGUUGUGCUUGUUGCAUUUGAUCUGCCUGAUGCAUGGGGAAGUUUGAGGUACAGUCAAAGUCCAAGAAGCAUGAGGCCAAAAUCAGAUCCAGCUUCCAGAAAUCCUGCCCUUUCUCCUCUAGAGCUCUGGAACCCUUUGCAAGUGGUUUCUCAGUUUCAGAGUCCUCUGAGUUCUGUCUCCAGAAACCUUGCACAGGAUCCUUUUGGCCUUCAAGAGAAGCAGCUGUUGCAAGGUCCAGUGAAACCUUUGGAUUGGAGGUAUCCUGUUGUUCCUGAGGUGCAGAGAGAGUUGGCGGUGGACUUUCAGUUGAGGCAACCUGUGACUCCCAGCAGUGUAGCUGUUCAAUGCAGUGAGAACCGGGUUCUUGUAGAGGUCCAGCAGGACUUGUUCAGCAAUGGUCAGUUGAUCCAGCCAACUGGUCUGUCUCUAGGUGGAUGUCCUGUUGUUGGUCAGGACACUGAGUCUAGGGUGCUCAUCUUUGAGUAUGAACUACAGGACUGCAACAGCGUGCAGAUGAUGAAUGAGGAUGAGCUUGUCUACACCUUCUCGCUUACCUACACCCCUGAGGCACUUGCUGGUACUCCAAUUACCCGGGCUGAUGGUGCAGUUGUUGGCAUUCAAUGCCAUUAUCAAAGGCUUCACAAUGUAAGCAGUAAUGCCUUGAGGCCAACAUGGAUCCCUUAUGCCUCAACGGAGGUUGGUGAAGAAGUCUUGCUGUUCUCCCUGAAGCUCAUGAUGGAUGAUUGGUCCUAUCAGAGGCCUUCAAACUCUUACUUUCUGGGUGGCGUUAUUAAUGUUGAGGCGUCUGUGAAGGUGUACAAUCAUGUGCCUCUGCGUGUGUUUGUGGACCGCUGUGUGGCCACUCAAGGACCAGAUGUGAACUCUCUUCCAAGAUAUUCCUUCAUUGAGAAUCAUGGGUGUUUUGUGGAUGCCAAGGCUACAGCUUCCAGCUCCCGCUUCAUGCCUCGGUCCCAGGAGGACAAGAUCCAGUUCCAGCUGGAGGCGUUCAUGUUCCAGGAGAGCUCCAGUCCUUAUGUAUGUACUAAGAAUAUCAUGAGUGAGUUUAACUACCAAUCUGUGUAUGUGACUUGUCAUCCCUUGCAGAUCUAUAUAACAUGUAUUCUGAAGGCAACUAUUGCUUCUGUACCAAGUGAUGCUCAGCGCAAAUCCUGUUCCUUCGCUAAUGGGUGGUUUGCUGCUGAUGGAAACCACCAAGUUUGUGGUUGCUGUGACUCAACAUGUGGUCCUGAUGGUGGAUUUGCUGCUUCUCCCUUUGGAGGCCUUCAGUGGGAAGGCAAGGCUUCGCUUGGUCCUGUAAUGGUUCAAGAGCGAAAGACUGUUUCUCAAUAAAACUCAAAAUCAAUCCUUGCA